AUGAGUAGUGUGGAGUCCACAACCAUUAAUUCCACUGAGAGUCCGUUCCUGGACUCUCAGUUUCGUUAUGUGUUCAUCCCGGUUUUCUACAUCAUCUUCUUCAUCCUGGGCUUCAUCUCUAACCUCUAUGUGCUGUUUGUCCUGCGCUGCCUUCGUCAAUUCAAGGCCAUGGGAGAAAUUCACAUCUAUAUGACCAACUUGACCAUCGCUGAUCUUCUGUUUGUGUGUGCUCUUCCCUUUUGGAUUGACUAUUAUAUCCGUGAGGGAGACUGGGUUUAUGGAGACGUCAUGUGCCGGGUGACAGGCACCUUCUUUUUCAUCAACACCUAUGGCACCAUCCUCUUCCUUUCAGCCAUCAGCAUCAACAGAUGCUGGACGGUGACUCGGCCUCUAGACGCAGCCUCGUCAAACCGCAGAAUUCGUGGAAUUAUUGUUUGUAUUUGUAUCUGGGUGUUUGUUCUGACGAUUUCUGUUCCUUUUCUGGUGAGUCCAGGGAUCAACGUGCACCGUAAAAACAACACCGACAUACGUCGCUGUUUUGAGGGAUACCAGGGUGGAACUAAUGACAAGAAGAAAAAAGUGGCUGUCACUCAUUUUCUAAUAAUUGGAUUGUUUUUUGUUGUCUUUUUACUCAUUGUGAUAUGCAAUAUCCUUAUUGCUCGAAUUUUAGUUUGUAAAAAUUCUCCUCAGUCGGAAAGUCAGUCUUCAGGAACACAGUCUAAAAAGCUCACUGUGACAUCCAUAUUUAAAUGGCCCACAGGGGUGAAACGGAGGGCUCUCCAGAUGUUGCUGGCAGUGGUGGGAGUGUUUGUUCUGUGUUUCCUGCCACACCACAUAGUUCAAGGCCCCUGGGCUCUGGCAGUGCUGGAGAUCGAAGACGGCUUCGGCCACGUGAAGUACAGCGAGACCACUCGUCAGUUGCUGAGCGACGCUCAUCAGAUCACCCUGGUUCUUAUGGGCCUCAACUGCAUUUUGGACCCUGUAGUUUAUUAUUUUGCCACAGGGAAGUUUAGAGGACAAAUCAAGGCCCACAUUACAAAAUUAAUCACAUUCACCCAAACUCGGAGCUACCACUUAAACCAGCCUGCAUCACCUGUUUGGACUCUGGUAGCAAAUCAGAGGCCUCAUAGGAAACCCACAACGGCUGGGGUGGAGGACCAAAGUCAACAUGGUAGGAGGAACUCAUUGGUUAUUUUAUAAAGUAUUUUCAAAAAUCUCACUGAUCCAGGAUUUUGAACCAAACCACAUCUCAGAUAAGAUUCUCUCCAUUUCAUGACAGAGAUGAAAUGGAGAGCAUGUCCACAUUAAAGGUUGGAGAGGCUUGUUAGCCUUAUUCUAGGAAUUAUACUCCGGAAUCAGGGAGAGGAGGAUAUAUGGUGUUGUGUGCUUGUACACGUGGAGUUAACCAUUUACCACAGAGGGAGGCUGGUGCUGCUUAAAUCUACAGUGAGUCAGAGCGGUGGUUCACGCAGUUCACAAUCCACUGUAUAGAGCCUUCUUGAAAGACUCCCCUACUGUGCUUUUAUUAGUCUCUGCCUCCAUCACGUGGUUUAAAUGCAGUAUUGCUCACUUAUCUCAGUGGCUGUAAAGAAAGCAGUGUGAUCUUCAAACUGCACUAACAUCCCGUAAAGAUGUGGGAUCAUUCUGAGAGUCAACAUCCAAAGUUUUGAAGAAACAUGGAAACUAUUCCUGAAGAUUACUUAAAGAGUAUUUAAGGUGUAUUAAAGAAUAAUUGUGGUAUUGUAAAAUAUUAACUUUUGCUGUUGUUAGAAUUAUGGACACUCGUGUUUUGCCUUUUAUACUGUAUUUUCAUGCAUAUUUGCACAUACUUCAAUUAACCUCUGCCCUUGUCCAUCUUCUUUUUCAAAAUAUAAGGAAACAAGCUGUAGCUCAAGACUUUUUCACAGUGUUGUACAUAUUGACCUAUACCUCUAACGGACCUGUACCAAUAACUGGUUUUAAUAUAAAUACAAGAAAUAUGUCAUUUAUGACACAUCAUCUUGUGGAAGUUGUUUUCUCUGAAAGUUUUUGUAAAUAAAAACAUGAAAUCUAAUUUGAUCAGAUGACCUAAGCCUUUAUUAAUUUCUUCCAUUCUGAUUGAAUGCCUACAAUGAGGGUUAACAUUUUCUUCACUUAAUAGAGGAGGGGUGGGGAACUUGUGCAGACGCCUGGUAAUGAACUAAUCAUUUGAUUCAGGUGUGUUGACCCAGGGUGAUAUCUAAAACCUGCAGGACAUCGGACCUUGAGGCCUGAAGUUCCCAACCCGUGUAAAAGAGUUACUUGAUGGAACUGAAUGCUUGUGGUAACCUGUGGAAACACUCCUUGUUAGAAGGAUAAAGCAUUACCCUCACAGUGUGAAGGGUUGACUAAGAGACAGGAGUGUGAAGUGUUGAAAGUGAAACUGUUAAACGCUUACAAGCCGUGUGUGGGUGUAUGAUAACAUCCUGUUCCAGUAGUGAUGAUAGUUGUUGGUAAAGCUGACAACUGCAUGGAAAUGAAACUACAGUAACAAUAACAACUGUAGAGUAGGGAGGAGUCACACAGGACAGGAUCCCUGACUGGAGGUCAAAGACCAUUGCCAUGAGGAAGGACUACGAGGAGAACAAAUCAGGGAGUGCUAAGUCUAAACCAGGGCCUCUCCCCACAAAUGUUUUCUGUUUCAAUGUGUCUAAUAUGUGCUUUGAAUUACGAAUUGUUCUCCAGUUCUCUGUGUCCUGACACUGAGAGAUCCACAGUUGUGCAUCCUGAAUCUCUAAAUUGUUACCUAAAAUAAUGUGAACUGAUAAAUUGCCUCCUGAACUUCUCUCAGUAAAAAAGAUGUACAGGUACAGGGUGAAUUUGUAUAUGUUGCUAUAUCAUUUUUAUGUUUUGUCAACAUUAAAUGAAGGCAAAGAAACAAAAACUGUCCCACAAAAUGCCUGUGGACAUCUUUGAUGUGUUAUAUUUGGAGUGAUGAAAAUAUGCUAAUGAAAUCAAACAAAACAUCAAUCGGAUCUUUAUUUAAACUAGCUGAUUAACUGUCAUCAUUCUGACUAAUAGCUGCAAUUAUGACUCACUGAUGAGACAGAAACGUGUGAAAUUAGAUGCCUGGCAGCUUGUAAAUUAAUCACAGACAUUAAUGAAAUGUAUGAUGCAGAAGAUUAAAAAAAAAAACAGCC